GGACACAGCAGGUCAGGAGAGAUUCAACAGCAUUACCUCAGCUUAUUACAGAAGUGCCAAGGGAAUUAUUUUGGUGUAUGAUAUCACCAAGAAGGAAACCUUUGACGAUUUACCAAAAUGGAUGAAAAUGAUUGAUAAGUAUGCUUCAGAAGAUGCAGAGCUUCUAUUAGUUGGAAAUAAACUGGACUGUGAAGUUGAUCGAGAGAUUUCUCGACAGCAGGGAGAAAAGUUUGCACAGCAAAUAACUGGGAUGCGGUUCUGUGAAGCAAGUGCCAAGGAUAAUUUUAAUGUGGAUGAAAUAUUUCUAAAACUUGUUGAUGACAUUCUGAAAAAGAUGCCACUGGAUGUUAUAAGAAAUGAGUUGUCCAACAGUAUCCUGUCCUUGCAACCAGAGCCAGAAAUCCCACCAGAACUGCCUCCUCCAAGGCCACAUGUCCGUUGCUGUUGACUUGUUACUCCAUACAGAGUGAAAAGUAGGAGCGGGAGGGUAAAGAAAGUACCUGUACUACUCUGCACUACAAUCAUUUGGCAGUUUCUUGUUGCACUUUGUUAUUCGAGUCAGAGCUACACACUAACUUGUAAAUAUGCAAAUAUGCAAUCCUGUGUAGGAUUCAGCUAUAACAUUUAAUUAUUACCCCUUUCCCUCACAAUGAUGUUUCAUUUAUUGCCCCAGUGUUAUAAAUACUGUACAGUUGGUGGGGGUUUACCACACUUCCAGUCAAGGAGGAGAAAUUAAAUCUAUACCUAUUCUUGACAUAAAUGUUGUAAUAGUUCUUGUUAUUAUAAACAGGCAGGCAGAAGCUCUUCUGGUAUGAAGAUAAAUAUAUGGUGCUUUGCUAACUAUUUUAAAGACAGUUUUUUUAAAAACAGAGGACUUUAUGUACAAAGCUUCCAUAAUCAGCAUUAUGUCUCCUUUUAAUGUAGUGAAAACAUUUUUGGCUGUAGCAUCCUCUGCUGACUGGAUUUAUUGAAAAGCUAAGUUUAAUUUUUGGCAGUCUUUUAUUUAUUUUUGUUUAAUGCUGCACCCUUUCUUUGUAUACCAAGACAUCACAUCUGGUGCAGAUCUAAGAUUGCACUCUGAAAUAGCAUAAAUUAUUUUCUGCGUAAGCAUAAACUUGGUUGCAAGAAUCAUUAAGUUUCAGUAAAAGAAUGGAGAUAUAUUCAAGCUCUAAAAGAAGGUAUAAAAAGCAAUGCUGCUGUCCUAGACAAAUUAUUGAAAAAAAAAAAAACUAUGAUACAUUUUCCUGUGUUAAGGAAUAUAUAUGUGUAUUUGUCUGGACAACUGUAGGGUUGGGGGAAGGGAACCUAAGGUAAAAUUAUUUUCUUUCCUGAUGGUGGAAAUUAUUCCUAUCAAGCAAAUACUGUGUUAGGUUUUUGUCUGAUAAUGAAUUUGUGAAUUAUAUCUUUGGUAUAUCUUUUAUUAAAAUGCACUGUUUAGUUUAGCUGUGGUAAAUCAGUAGUUACAUAUUUGAAUAACUUGGUGUGUCCUGAAUGUUGUGGUAUUGAAAAACAUUGUGGUCUUUCUAAACUAAUGAAGUGCAAAUAAAAUUUUGUAUUUAUGAAUGACAA